GGGCUGCUGGGCAUGUGCGCCGGGGAGAAGAGGAGCAUCAUCAUCCCGCCAUUCCUUGCCUAUGGGGAGAAGGGCUACGGAACCACGAUCCCACCGCAGGCCUCGCUGGUGUUCAGCGUGCUGCUGGUGGACUUCCACAACCCCAAAGGCUACAUCAUCCCCGGCAUGGACCAGGGCCUGCAAGGGGUCUGCAUGGGAGAGAGACGGCGGGUGGUCAUCCCCCCACACCUGGCCUACGGGGAGAACGGAGCAG